GUCGCCUUUUCGGAUAGCGCCGAAAUGCCUGGAGAGCUUCAGCCUCAGCUCUGAGCUUUAAAACCCACUCUCUACUGCCACAUGCUAACCAUCUGCGACUGUGGCGGCCAAAAACCCACGCCCCACCCUCGCGUUCCUCUCGGCUUGCCGGGAGAGCCCGGACCGCCGCGGCAAGUGAGAGAAGGACCCGGGCUGCCCAGAGGCCACAGCCUGUCGCCAAGGUCGAAGGAGCGUCUCACCUGGAAAGCGGGACGGGAGGGCGGCGCGCUCUUCAGUUCCUGUCGCCUGCACUCGGGCCGGCUACCUACUCCCUGCCCUCAGCCCGCUGGCGGCACGACUGGGCAGCAGAGGGAGCCAGUUAGCCCUUUUAUAACCUCUAGGCCGCGACGGCAGCGCCGGGGAGGAGGCAACUGCAGCCCUCGCUACGUGAGCUCGAUCACACCAGCGCCCCCACGACUGCGCAGGCGCCCAGCCCCGGCUUCCCUCCCGCCUCCACCCGCGGAGGGUGCGUGGAGUCCGAGGCGGAGAGGAGGGGCUGGGGCUGGUCGCGCCGCCGGGGCAGGCGGGCCUGGGAUGUAACGCGCGUGCGCAGUGCUCUCUCCACGCGCCUUCCAGUGGUUGCCACCGGGUUCUCCCGCUCCCGUUCAGUUUAGCGUUUUAAUUUCAUGGUCAGCCCCUGGUCUAAGCGACGAAGCCACCAGCAAAGCGGCCUCUUGAAAGUGGGAAGAGAAACAUGGAAGCUUAGAAAAUGUAGCAGAAAGGAAUCCUGGAGUGGAAAAUCAUAUAGUGCGUCCAGUCUAGUGUCUCAGCUGUCCUGUCCCUAAAGCCUUUUUGCUUUUUAACCUCCCUUUCAUAUCUCUACAGUCAUUUUAUAGGAAUCUCACUCUAUCUCCCAGCUUUAUUCUUUAUCAGCAGAUAAUAGGCUAAGAGCUCCAGAGGCAGAUUAUCUGGGUUUAACUCCUGGCGCAGUCCUGUGUCACGUUGGGCUUUAACAUUUCUUGUAUCUGUUUCCUCAUCUGCAAAACAGGAAUGACGGUAUUAUCUGUCUCCUAGGAUUAGUACGAGAUAAUGAAUGUGAAGCACUUAGAACAUGCCUACCAUACAGAAAGGAUUUGAUAAAUAUUAGAAUCUAUUAUUAAAAUAGUAAAUCCUCUGGGGUCUGGGGGUGUAGCUCAGCGGCAGAGCGAGCACUUACCUUAGCACACAGGAGGCCCUGAGUUUGACCCCCAGCAACGCAAAGAAAAAGGGGGAAAAAGAAAAAAAUAGAGAUUAAGUACUGUAAGGCACCAAGUAGUGCUUUUGAUCUUAGUCCUUCCUAAAAGAAGAAAGCCUUACUACCAAGGAGCAGUGCAGGUGAUUUUUCUCUUGUCCGUGAAAAGAAAAGAAUAACUUCCCUAAAACAUUUUUUAAAAAUGUUAAGUUGUCAAUGGAUCUUUUAUUUUAUUUAUUUAUAUGUGGUGCUGAGUAUAGAACCCAGGGCCUCACACAUGCCAGGCAAGUGCUCCACCACAGCCACAAUUCCAGCCCCUCACUAAUACACUUUAUUCAUUAAAAUUUGUUUCCAAAGCUUUCCAUAUGUGCCAAAAAGUACAGCAAUGAUUAACUGUUGACAUUUAUCUGAGAAGUGGGGUUGAGUAUACAAAUACUGAAAAAGAUAAAGCAUACUUGGGAGCUUCAGGCAACCAGAAAGUAGAUAAGGUGAUGCUUACAUCAAUGGGUCUUAAAGUGUGGUCAGGACAUCACACAAGGUCAAAAUUCUUUUCAUGUUAAGACUUUAUUUGCCUUUCUGGCAAUACAGUGGGGUUUUCCAGAGACUACAGAUCCUGUGCUCUUGCAAAGGAUUGAGUGCACAGCAUACAUGAGAAUCUUUUAAGUGACAUUAAAGAGAUUUGCAGAAAUAUAAAA